GCCCAUUUCUCAAUCUCAGUGCUACCACCGAGUUUGACCACUAAAGCUAAACAUCCCCCGCCGCAUUCUUACUUCCGCUUCCAUACUCGCCGCCGACACGCAACCGCGGGCGUGUUCGUGUCGAGUCGAACUGUGACGUCGCCGCUACUCGACAGACAGUGGCCCGCGUGCCCUGCUUUGCAUCCGUUUUACGUUUCGUCGUUGCUGGUGGUCCGCGUCUGAGGCUGAUCCCCCCCUUGAGAGCCUCAUUUCCCGCGCUUGCCCAUAGCGCUGCGAGUCGGCGCCAGCCAUCCGAGUCCUGUUUCCCUCGCAUCCAGAUCAAACAUCUCCAUGGCCACGUCUGUCCCUGCUGGUGCCGACGGGCCUAUGCGCUCGCAAUCAGUUCGCACGCGGCGUCCACCCACAUCAUCCCGAGCCGAACCAUUGCCAAGGUCAGAGUCGUCCUCAAAAGCCGAGUCGUCGCGCCCCCACCGCCGCAGCAGCCAGAGGUCAACGUCAGCCGCUACGUCGCCGCGACACGCACCGCAGCCCGAAAUGGCUGGCCACUCGCCCACGCCCGCGCCUGCACCCAACAUGGCGGUCGCGCCAGACGACCAUCGCGAUUCCGCAGGGGGGCAUCGCCAGCCCAAGCACAGAUAUCGCGCUGCCAUCCCCGCCCCCUCUGGAAAUUACACCUUCAUGAAGACAAUCGGCCAGGGCAGCAUGGGCAAGGUGAAGCUGGCCAAGAAGGAAGGCACCAACGAAUUUGUGGCAUGCAAGAUCAUCGAGAGGGUGACCCCCGACGACGGUCGUCAGACUAGAGAAGAGCGAGAAAAGACAGACAGCGCUCGCGAGGACCGCAACGCCCGCGAGGCUGCCAUUGUCAGCCUACUGAGCCAUAAAUACAUCUGCGCGCUCCACGACAACCUGCGCACGCGGUGGCAUUGGUACAUGCUCUUUGAAUAUGUGAAUGGAGGGCAGAUGCUUGACUACAUCAUCUCUCACGGGAAACUGAAGGAGAAGCAGGCCCGCAAGUUUGCCAGGCAAAUAGCGAGUGCCGUCGACUACUGCCACCGGAAUAGCAUUGUCCAUCGCGACCUGAAGAUUGAGAAUAUCCUCAUCAGCAAGACGGGCGACAUCAAGAUCAUUGACUUUGGUCUCAGCAACCUCUUCUCCCCGGAGGAUGACAGGAAGCUCAAGACAUACUGUGGAAGUCUUUAUUUCGCUGCCCCGGAACUCCUCCAAGCAAAGCCCUACACGGGUCCCGAGGUUGACGUGUGGAGCUUUGGUGUCGUCCUCUUCGUCCUGGUUUGCGGCAAGGUGCCGUUUGACGACCAGUACAUGCCCGCCCUUCACCAAAAGAUCAAGAAGGGCGCAGUUGACUAUCCCAAUUGGCUCACGUCUGAAUGCAAGAACUUGAUUUCUCGGAUGCUAGUGACGGAUCCGAAGCAACGCGCCACUAUGUACGAGGUCAUGAACCACCCCUGGAUGCUGAAAGGCUACGGCGCGCCGCCUGAUAACUAUUUGCCACAUCGUGAGCCCUUGGCACUGCCACUAGACGCCGAGGUCAUCGACCGUAUGACCGGGUUCAAGUUUGGACCCCCAGAGUAUAUCCGCGACGAGUUAACCAGGAAAAUCAAGUCGCCCAAGUACCAAGCGGCCGUCCGUCGCCUCGAGAGAGAAAGAGACAUACCGCAGCCUACCCAAAGGGAUGCCGAAAAGCGACGUGGCUUUGGUUUUGAUUUUUACAAGAGGAGAAAUUCUGUCACCAGCAAAGAGACUUUGACAAAUACGAGCUCCGAGGGUCUGAGUAUUGGCGACGAUCCUCUGAACGCGUUCGACCCUAUGAUCUCGAUCUACUACCUCGUCCGGGAGAAGCUGGAGCGCGAGAGGAAAGAGCCCCAGCAGCCUUCCAAGGCACAUCAGCCUUCAUCUCCACAGCAAAGCGAGGCGCCCCCGGUCCCACCUUCGCCCAUUGCGCGACCCAGGGAGAAGCAUUCCCUGGCCGAGAUUGUUCCACCGCAACCUACGCAUGUUACAGAAGGCCGGACCAGGCAGAGGGCGAGAUCCCACAGCGAGGAUCAAGCUCGAGAGCCCGUCAAGAAUGGGCUCCUGUCGCCUGACAUGAUACCUGUCAAGAAGGAAAGUACAGCAGCUGGUAUUUUCCGGAGGCUUAGCACGCGCGACAGGCGGAAGGAGCCGCCCCCGCCAACUACGCCUACAGAGAGCAAACCAAACACGUUGAUACGGGGUUCUGUCUCUAUGCGGGCCAAAUCGCUCGGGCAUGCGCGCAGAGAGAGCAUCCAGGCGCGGAGAGCCAGGCGAGAAGCGGAGCGCGAGCAACAGCCGGUAAAGGAAGAAACUGACGCUGAGCUAGGCGGCGACGGCGACGGCGACGGCGAGGGUGAGACCAGCGGGGGUUCGCACGAGAGGCUAGAGCAGGAUCCGGAUCUUGCCAAGCCCGUCUAUCUGAAAGGAAUCUUCAGCGUGUCGACGACGUCGACGAAGCCGCUUUUGGAGAUACGGGCCGACAUCAAGCGCGUGUUAAAACAGAUUGGAGUCGAUUACACCGAGAUCAGGGGAGGGUUCAGCUGCCGACACUCGCCUAGUCUUGCCGACGACCCCAGCCAGCCGGAGCCGACAGUGGCGGACGGGGAGAUCAAGUUCGAGAUUUUGAUAGUAAAGGUUCCAAUCGUAAGCCUGCACGGCGUUCAGUUUAAGCGGGUGGCGGGCAACACAUGGAACUACAAGACCAUGGCAGAGCAGAUUGUGAGGGAGCUAAGGCUAUAGGCUAGUCGUCGUCACCAUUGCAGGCUUAUGAGGGUACAAUAGGCCAUUACCGGUCACGAAAAUAUGGGAGUUUGUUUGGGCGCC